CGUCGCUGCCGCCGCGCCGCCGCCGCCGCCGCCGCCCUGAUCGGCUGUCGUAUAAAGAGCGCUCGCUGGUCGCCUGCAGCUGCACAAACGUCGUUAAACCCGCGACGCGAAGACACUUUGUUGAAAACAUAAUACUAUAUUAUUAAUUUACGAUAUUAUCGCGUACGACUUUUACGUUUCCGUUUAACGAUAAAUCAUCGUAUUAGUAACUUUUUGAAUUCAAUAUAUUAUAAAUUCGUCUCUCGAACGUGUCAUCGCCGGACCAACACAAUCAACUAUAUUACAUUAUAUCAUCGUCGUAAUUAUGCCGUGCCACGAAGUUGGACAGACCGCCGUGCAACAGUACCACGACUACGACGACGACAGAUCGUCCCGCAAAACGUUCGACUCCGACUCUGACUGCUCCGGGUCCGACGAGACUGCCUCCGCGAUGUCACCCAUCGCGGUUCACUCCCGCAGCAGGGGCAAGUGGCUGAAGACGCUACGGACGGUCAUAGACAGGAUGGAAGGCAGCAGCGGUGGACGCCGGCAGCGACAGGUCAAGACCAUACUCAGGCCACCGACCACAUAUGUAUUCGUGAUCGGCAUGUCUGGACUACCGUCCAAGGUGGCCGUCUACCCGAGACGGAUGUAAGGAGACUCGUAAGGAAGUGGACGCCUGACUGAGUAAACGAUCCGACAAGAUGUGAUGAAAUAUUACAAAAUCAUCAUUAUUUUGUCGUUCUUUUCAUAUCGGUUUAUUUUUCUUGUGAUUUUGACCCGAUAAUAUUAUGAUCGUAAAUUGAUUUUGUGACUGAAAAUAAUAACUAUAUAUUGUAACCAUUGACGUUUCAAAUA